CCUCCAUCCUAACCCUUCCCGCAAUGAUGAUGGGCGAUGAAAUAUGGCGGACCCGUUGAGCGUCGCCGCGUCGAUUGCCGGGCUGCUCACGGCGGCGGCAUCCAUCUGCAAAGUGCUGGGGCCAUACGUCAAUGCGGCGCGCGACACGCCGCAGAUUGCGCACCAUGUCAACGCCGAGGUGCAGGCCGCCGCCAUCAUUCUUUCGGCCCUCCAGUCGCUGGCCCAGAACAUGGCAUCCGUGUCCAUUCAGCGCGCCGCACUAGUCGAAGUUGACCAAGUUAUCGCCGUGCUCACCAGCGGCGUGUUUGUUUUUUCCAGUCUCGAGGCUUCCGUCAGCACCCUGCCUCUCCCCGACUCGUCCUCCAUCACUCGCCUGGCAUUGCGAUCACGUUUCCAGUGGGCGAGGAAAGAAACCGAGUUCACCACCCUCCUCGGCCGCCUGCAAAGCUUCAAGUCCUCCGCCUCUUUGAUCCUCGAAAUUCUCCAAAGUGACACAUCGUUGCGAGCCGAGCAGCGCCAGGCCGAACUCACAAGCAGCGUCAAUCAGCUCCUGGAUAACGACCACGAUCUCUCUCGGCGACUGAUGAAUCUUGAAGACAGCUUUGACGCCCAGACUAUUAUGACGAAGAGACGAAGCAUUGCUGGAACUAUUGUCAGCAAAGCCGAGACCGAACGUCUCCUACUGCCUAGGAAAGCUGGCAGUUCGUCGGCCGCGAGCUCACAAACACCGAACAACCCACAAGCGCCUCUCGUCUCGGGCUUCGAAUUCGAAGUCGACCUCAAAACAUCCGGCCCCUACCGCCGAGCCCGACGUGACACCAUGGACUUCUCAUUCUGCAGUUCCGUUGCGCGAUCACAUGCCUGGUCUGUUUUCUCUGGGCUUAGCCUGGGCGACAUUUCCGUCAUGUCUGUCGUUGCAUUACCCGUAUACGCUGACGAGAUCACCAACUCUCGUCACUACGAGUUCGGUGGCCAGCGUUUUAGCCUGCAGCCUUUGGCAGAGACCCGAACCAAGGCUCUCGACGAUGACUCUCUUCUGCGCAGAUGUCUCAAGAUUCAGGUUCAACUUCGCCAAUUCCCCGGGUUUGAGACGCUCUCAGCAUCAUCGUUCCACCCUUUGAAGGCCAUUCAAGGUCGACUCCAGCAAGGAACGCUUCUCUUUUCACUAUGUCGCUGCUUCGAGCAGUUUGACCUCAAUAUGUAUGACAGACACUGCCACGAACACAGCACAGAAACCGGAAAGCCGCUAGACUUUUGGGCGCUCAAAGCGAUUUCAGAGUCCUCGACUUUUGAGUCUGCGGAGCUUCCCACCGUCGACCAGAUUCUGAGCAGUGAGCUUACCAGCAUUCUCAAGCCCAUAAACAUGAUAGAGAAGAUCCUGUCUCUGGAAAGAAAAGAACCGGCGCUACUAGUGGAUGUGGAUAUGGAGGUACAAAACACGAUCCGAGAUAGCAUUUGCCAGGCUGAGGAUUGCUUUGACUUCCUCCUCUUGGACGACUUCACGAGACGGUCAUGGAAGUUGAUUCAGCCGCUUGUUCGGCUCACGAGCGGUGAACUCGUCGAUGAGCUCGGAAUUCUUAACCCAACCGAAUGGCAGGCAAUAUUCAUGCCAAUACUGAGCAUCGUGGAGGCGGAGCUGAAUUUCCUAGUCGAGGCGGAGGCCAACCUCCUACAACCGCCAUGGAACAGACACUGGGGAAUGUUCUUGGGGGUCUGGGAGCCUCAAAUCGAGGAUUAUGGACAUAUAAUUGGCAGCCAACCACGGAACAGCAAGCUGCUCAGGUCCCUUGGGGACGGCGCCGAUCUACCUCGUACCGAAGCCAUUGCGAAGGCUUUGGAUUAUAUUUCCCUCCCUUCGCGUCUCGUCGAAAUGAAAUUCGAGUUCUUAUCGGUAAUUAGUUCGGUUAAGAUGGGUAUACGGGACGUGAGCUGACAUUUUGACAGACACUCAAAUCACACUACUGCU